AUGCAAACAUCGCUGGGACUUGGAGCGCCGAUGCAGAUCAUGCAUGCUCUUGCGGCUUCUACCUUGAUCAUAUCUGUAUCGCAUGCGCAGCUCGGCAGAGAUAAUCGCUACCUGCAUCCUGGUCACGAGCUCUACGACGCCCUGGGUCUGCACGAUAUCCCUAUGCAACUGCAAGCAGGCGGGCUGUCAGAUGCAUCUCUGUCUGCGGAUGAGCAAAAAGCCCGGCUACACGGCAUAUUCGCACCACCGGCUACGCACCGCGCCAUUAGCCGAGCCAAGCGCCUCAGCGGUGUCGCUGAUCCACGCUAUGGAAAUGGAAGACCCGGCUGCCACGCCGCACCCGAGAGACAGCGUGGUAGGCAGCAACUGCUUCUCGCUACGAACAUCGCGCACGUCCUGGACACCCGCGGCUUCGACUCUGUCCUCGACGGAUACUUCAACACGUCCAGCGAGUUCGAGUACAUCAACAGUUUCUUUGGCUGCGAGUCAUGGUCCGGGUACCCGACACCACGGUACCGCAUCGCUUACACAUGCCGCAGCCUGCUCGAGAGUGCUGAGGCCAAGCUGUGCAACAAGCUGCACCAGCCGCCGCCUCUAUGCAAGGACAGUUGCAGCGUAGUACGUGAACCAGUGGGCCGAGAUGACCAGCAAUGCAAUGCUGUGUCAAGAACACCGGUUUGGCCGAAUUCCAUCGACUGUCGCUUGCCCAGAGCUGCGAUUCGGCGCCGUACAAUGGAUCGAUCGGAUGCAUUCCAGGCAUCGAGAGCGGUGCCGAGAUUUGUGGGUUUACUAUCCUUGCGCACGCGACAAAAAACCAAAGAAACGCAGUAUGCGAUUUCUGCAAGCAAAGCAACGACGCGUGCUGCACCAGCCGUGAAGCCUUACAACUCUGCGAUGCAGUUCCAUCGCACAAGUUCUACAUGGCGAUCAUCGCAUCCAUGGCGCUCCUGCUGA